GGAAACUGAGGGUUGGUCUUUUCUGCCAGGUAGCAAAUAACAGGAUGAGAGGAAAUGGUCUCAAGUUGUGCCAAGGGAGGUUUAGAUUACAUAUUUUAAAAAAAGAAAAUAUGGAAAGGUUUGUAAAGCAUUGGAGCAGACGGCCCAGGGAAGUGGAGUCAUCUUCCCUGGAUACACCAUAUCCCAGAGUCAUAACCCCUCUGGAUAUGACACUAAAGGACAUGAUUUAAUGUUGAACGCAGUGGUAGUGCUGGGUUGAUGGUUGGACUUGAUUAUUCCAAGAGUCUCUUCCAACAUUAUGAUUCUAUGAUUCUAAAUAAGAGUAAUAAUCAAGUUGUACUGCAAAGGCAUCUGAAAUGCCAAGGAACUAGGAAAAUGGGAUGCUCUAUAAUAUGCCACUGAUACUUCCAUUAAGUGUAAAACUCAAAAAAACCUAUAAAACCAAAGCUUAGUAUAAGCACUUUGGCUCAAUUUUGAAUUUUAUAUACUACUUCUAAGUAUAUGCUAUAAACAGAGUCAGCUUGGAAGAAAAUACUUUAUCCUUUUCCUAUGAUUAAGGAUAGAAAAUAGCAAGACAGGCACAAUCAAAUAAACCCAAAUGGGAUCAAGUUUUUCUGUGGUUUAAAGUAAUCUGAUCAGAAAACUGCUUAAUUUGAUAUUUAGUAUAUGUUCUGUGACUGAAUUUUUCCAUAUCAGACUUAUGUGAUAAAACAACAUUAAGCGAAAGUGCUGGAAAUAGGCUGAGUUAUUUGUGAUGAUUUCUUACAUUCUGUUAAGGGGGUUUUGGUUCUGGGAAGUCCAGUAUACCACUGAUGGAUAUUACAUAUCACUUGACUAUGGAAUACUUUUACUGUCUUGCUAAUUCUCAGUGGAUUUUCUAAAUGACAGUUGAAACCAUGGGAAACUCUUGACUGAAUCAACACUUUUGGAAUUACACUGGUAUUUUUGACAUUUGAAUUUAACCCUGUGGUAGAGAUUUGUCUUCCUAAGAUGUCACGAAAUGAGUUAAGGCCACCUUAAAGCAGCACAUGUAGAUGUCUGAAGGACUUACAUGAUUUAUGACAUAAGUUGAAGGACUAAUCUAAUAAAAAUAUCACAUCAGAAAUUUCAACAGGUUUUUUAAUAUAUAGAAUAAUUGCUACAGUAAUACAGACAUGGAAUCCAAGAUCAGCUGUCUGGGAUGCCAGAUGUUAGACUCCAAAGCUAAUGAAGUUUAGAGAGCUCAAAGUUUUAUCCUCUAGUGGGUGCUGGAUCAGCCUUUUGGUUUAUUAAGAAUAUGAAGUUUUAGGGAGUUGUGAGGUGAAAGUUUACGUUCAGAGUGAUACAAAUACUAAUCCUCCCACUGUAUUGCAAUGAUGAAAAGACGAUUACAUUGUCCCAAGACCAGGUAUUUCUAGAUACUAACAUUGUAUUCAAUGAUGUAAGCUGCUUUAUUGUCAGCUGUGGUACAGUACACUAGAUGGGCCGAGGUUGGGCAGUGGCCGUAGCCAUGUUCAUCAUCAGUUACUACAACUGUGUCUGUGAGUAGAAAACCUGUCAUGACUUCCCCAAUGAGAGAAAAUGUAAAUCCUUUUGCCUUGGAUUGUCCCCUGGUUUUCCAGUCGUACAGAGAUCCUGGCCAGCAAUAGAUAUGCUGAGCUUCUCCAGAAUUUCAGUGUGAUGCUUUUGUCUUUCCCAGCAGCUCUGGCUGCUAUUAAACUACCUUGGUACAGAGACUGUCUUCCUUCAUCACUAGCCAGGUUGUUCCCUUUUCUCUUCACAAUUUAUGCCUCUGCAGUCUUGUUCAUAAAGGAAGAAGACUUUUUUCCACAUAGUUUUAGGCUGAUAUGUAUGGAUUUAAGGACACUUCAGUUCCAUUAAAAUCCAUAGCUGUGGAUUCUUGUACCUCAUGGAUGUGGAACUAUGGCUGUAUUGCUACAAUUGAUCACAAAUACAUAGCAAAGCAGAUAGAAACAUUUAAGUCAUACCAGGACUGACUGGCUUUUCUAGGCUAUGAGAUGGAAAAAUGUGCACUGAAUUUCAGCUUUGGUGCAUGGGAGACACUGCAGUAGCUUGGCCUUAGUAUUGUGCAAGAUGUGUUUCUUUGGAGUUAAGUGGUAAUUUCCAGGAUUAUCUGCUGUCUUCUCUGUUUUUUUUUGUUUCUGCUCAGCCUGUAUUAACAUCUGUUUCUUGUUUUAUCUUGGUUUUUUUUCAGAAUCUGUAACGUAAUUUUGACAGCUGCUUUGAUUGUGGAUUGUCAUUGACCCUUGCUGAAGAAACACUUUAUCAGCAAGAAUGCAUCAUAUAGCACUGCUGGAGUCAAUAACUUUUUAUCUAACUUUAGACCCCUACAUUUGUGAAAUGGUGGAGUGGAUACAACAGCAGGUGGUUAAAAGAAGGAUAAAGAGGGAUUAUAAACCUGGUGGUACCCAAUCCACUUAUUUCAAUGAUCCCAAGUGGCCAAGCAUGUGGUACAUGGAUUUGGUAUGGUGUUUACACCUUUGCAUGCUGGUUCCUCACAUUUGCACGUCAGCUCCGAUUUCACCUUUUCAGUCUCAGCACUGCAGUGACAACACCCACCACUGCCAAUCAGAUAUGAAUAUAGUAGGUGCUUGGAAGAGAGGUUACACUGGAAAGAAUGUUGUGGUCACCAUCCUGGAUGACGGCAUUGAAAGAAACCACCCAGACUUGAUGCAGAAUUAUGAUUCGCAAGCCAGUUUUGAUGUAAAUGGAAAUGAUUUUGACCCUAUGCCUCGAUAUGAUGCCAGCAACGAGAACAAGCAUGGAACCCGUUGUGCUGGAGAAGUGGCAGCCACGGCAAACAACUCACACUGCACAGUAGGAAUCGCCUUUAAUGCCAAGAUUGGAGGUGUACGGAUGCUGGAUGGAGAUGUGACAGAUAUGGUAGAAGCAAAGUCUCUAAGCCUUAAUCCCCAGCACAUCCACAUCUACAGUGCCAGCUGGGGCCCCGAUGACGAUGGUAAGACUGUGGAUGGACCUGCUUCUCUAGCACGUCAAGCCUUUGAGAACGGCAUCAGAAUGGGACGAAGAGGCUUAGGUUCAGUCUUUGUUUGGGCGUCUGGAAAUGGUGGAAGGAGUCGAGACCACUGCUCCUGUGAUGGCUACACCAAUAGCAUCUACACUAUCUCCAUAAGCAGCACAGCUGAAAGUGGAAAAAAGCCGUGGUAUCUGGAAGAAUGUGCAUCCACACUAGCUACAACGUACAGCAGUGGAGAAUCCUAUGACAGGAAAAUAAUUACUACAGACCUGAGGCAGCGUUGCACAGACAGCCAUACUGGAACUUCAGCAUCUGCACCUAUGGCUGCAGGCAUCAUUGCCCUGGCACUGGAAGCAAAUCCAUUUUUGACCUGGAGAGACGUACAGCACAUUAUUGUCAGGACUUCGCGUGCAGGACAUCUGAAUGCUAAUGAUUGGAAAACCAAUGCAGCUGGUUAUAAGGUGAGCCACCUUUAUGGAUUUGGACUGAUGGAUGCUGAAGCAAUGGUGACAGAAGCAGAAAAGUGGACAACGGUUCCUCCACAGCAUGUGUGUGUGGAGAACACAGAUCGGCAAAUCAAAACAAUACGACCUGACAGCAUUGUCCGUUCAAUUUACAAAGCCACUGGCUGUUCAGAUAAUCCUAACCACCAUGUGAUCUACUUGGAGCAUGUUGUUGUACGUAUCACUAUUACUCACCCUCGACGUGGAGACUUGGCAAUUUACCUAACCUCUCCUUCUGGAACUAGGUCACAGCUCUUGGCCAACAGGUUGUUUGAUCAUUCCAUGGAAGGAUUCAAAAACUGGGAGUUUAUGACUACUCACUGCUGGAGUGAAAAAGCAGCAGGUGAUUGGAUCUUGGAAAUCUGUGACACUCCAUCUCAGCUGAGAAAUUUCAAGACUCCAGGUAAAUUGAAAGAGUGGUCCUUAGUACUGUAUGGAACAUCCAUCCAGCCUUACUCACCAAGAAAUGAUUUUUCCAAAGUGGAAAAAGUGCGCUCCAGUCCAGUUGAAGACCCUACAGAAGAUUAUGCAACAGAUGACUAUUCAGGUCCCUGCAAUGCAGAAUGCAGUAAAGUAGGGUGUGAUGGGCCAGGACCAGAUCAUUGUACUGACUGUCUGCACUAUUACUACAAAUCUAAAAACAACACAAGGAUCUGUGUUUCAACCUGCCCACCUGGUCACUACAAUGCAGACAAGAAACGAUGUAAAAAAUGCUCACCCAAUUGUGAAACCUGUGUUGGAGGCCAUCAUGACCAGUGCAUGACCUGUAAAUCUGGCUACUACCUGAAUGAAGUAACCAAUAGCUGUAUUACCAACUGCCCUGAUGGGUUUUACCUGGACAAGAAUAAGAUUGUCUGUCGUAAGUGUAGUGAAAACUGCAAGACUUGUGUUGAAUUCCAAAUCUGCACAGAAUGCAAACAUGGCCUAAGUUUGCAUGGCACCAGAUGUGCUAUCCGCUGUGAAGAAGGAAAAUACCAUAAUGGCAGAGAAUGUGAACCAUGCCACCGUUCCUGUGCAACAUGUGCAGGUGCUGGAGUAGAUGCCUGUAUAAACUGCACGCAGGGUUACUUUAUGGAAGAUGGAAGAUGUGUGCUGUCCUGUAGUAGUGGUUAUUACCUUGAUCACUCCACUGAAAGUGGAUACAAAAGCUGCAAAAGAUGCGAUGCCAGCUGUUUGGAUUGCAGUGGCCAAGGAGAGAGAAACUGUACAAGCUGUCCAAGUGGCUAUAACCUAGACACUGGUGUCUGUGUCAUUGGAACAGUAUGCAAGGAUGGGGAAUAUCUUGAUGAUUCCCAAGAAUGCCAGUUGUGUGAAAUAUCCUGUCAGAAAUGUAUUGGACCUGAGCCAGACAACUGCAUCAGCUGCCCGCUCACAAGAGUCUUUGAUGACGGCCACUGUGUUAUGCAAUGCCCCAGAGGAAAAUUUGAAUUCAAACAGCACUGUCACUUGUGCCAUCACACCUGCCUGGACUGCAGUGGAAGUGAACCUAACAAAUGCACCACUUGUGGAACAGACAGAAGAGGCGUGGAACGCUUCCUGUAUCAUGGGGAGUGCAGAGACAGCUGUCCUCCAGGUCACUACCACUUGGAGCAUUCCUGUGUGCCUUGCCCUGGCCACUGUGAGGUGUGCCUGAACUCCAGCCACUGCAAAAGAUGUUUCAGAGGCUACUACCUUGCUCAAAAUAUGUGUAAGAAGCAUAGUUGUAGAGAAGGUGAAGUGGAAGAUCGUGACUCUGAUGACUGCAUAUCAUGUCCAGAUGGAUGCCAGAACUGCAGACAGGAUGAUCCAAGAAUCUGUAUAACAUGCAUUCAAAACUAUUACAUGUAUAAGCAGCAUUGCUAUAAAUACUGUCCAGAAAAUACCUACAGAGAUGACAGCUCUUGGCAGUGUAGAGAUUGUUCUAGCAACUGUGAUAGCUGUGACAAGGAUGGGUGUGACUCAUGUGAGGAAGGCUUCUAUCUCUCAAAUGGCACCUGUGUGAGUGAGUGUGGAGAUGGCUUCUUUGCUGAUGGCAUCUCUAGAGAAUGUGAGCCUUGCCACAGGAGCUGUGUAACCUGUGUUGGGCACAGUUACAAGGACUGUACUGGGUGCAAAAACAGUUUCCAACUGUCUCAUGGGCAGUGCCUGAACCCAAGAAAUUCUUUGCCAGCUGGGAAGUUCUGGAGGGUAAUGAGAACUCCACUUGACACUCAUUGGGCCCCCUUUUGGAGGGAAACAGCAGGCAGAAAUGGAAAUAGAAAAUUGCUGUCCUGUGGCUCUUCAUGUAUGACCUGUGAGAAAUCUGCUGAUGUGUGUACUUCAUGUCCAGAAGGAAAAUUUCUUAACCAUGAUACCUGUAUUUCUCUGUGCCCUCCAAAAUAUUUUGGCAACGUUGCAAGUGGAAAGUGUGAGAAGUGCGGGCAUGACUGUGAGGUGUGCUCUGACCAGUGGCACUGUCAGAAGUGUCAGGCUGAACAGAACCAGCUGCUCUUCCUCCACAAAGGCAGAUGUUUGCAGGAGUGCCCUGAGGGAUAUUUUAAUGAUUCUGAGACUUGCAAGGCAUGCAGUGGAUCCUGUAAGACAUGUAUGGGAAGCGCCACCCAAUGCCUGUCCUGUAAAAGUCCUUUGCUUCUGGAGCACCAGGAAUGUAAAUCUACUUGUUCAGAGAAGCAUUUUGCCUCUGAAGGAAUCUGCAAACAUUGCCCUGAAAUGUGUCAGGAAUGUAUUCAUGAUGAAAUAUGCACAGAGUGUAUGGACGAGUUUUUUCUGCAUGACGGGAAGUGCGUGCGGGAAUGCCCUUCACACUUCUACCCGGAAGACAAGCACUGCUUUCCCUGCCAUGCCGACUGCAAGGACUGCAACGGGCCAGAUUCUGAUGACUGCACAGCAUGCACUUUCAGCUUGUUUGUCCUGUACAAUGGCAUGUGUUUUGAAGAGUGCCCUGAGGGGAGUUACUAUGAAGAAGCCACCCAAGACUGCCAAGCAUGCAACACAACAUGCCAGACUUGUUCUUCUUCCACCACCUGCCUAACUUGCAGAAAUGGAUGGAUAUUGAACCAUGAUGGACACUGUAUGUUAUCUGGAUACUGCUCUCCCACUGAGUACUACCUUGAGGAAAUUCAGACCUGCAAAUCUUGCCACAAGAAAUGCUUCCACUGCUCAGGACCUACUGAAUAUCAGUGUCUUAGCUGUGUAAAUAACUGGUAUCUUCUCAACAGAACCUGUGUUGAAACAUGCCCAGACGGAUAUUAUGCUGACAGCACAGAGAGGCAAUGUUCUGCGUGCCAUAGCACCUGUGACACUUGCACUGGAAAACAUAGCUCGCAGUGCCUUUCCUGCAAACUGGGUUGGUACAGACAAGGAAAAGGAUGUGUAACCCAAUGUCUAGCAGGGUAUUUUGCACAAAAUUCCACUGGAACAUGUGAGAGAUGCCACAAGAGUUGUAAGGAGUGUAUGGGGCCUCGAGCCACAGACUGUCUUUCCUGUAAUACAUAUUUCUACCUGUUGCACUCCACGAACAAAUGUGUUAGCUCUUGUCCUCAGUACUACUACGAAAACAAGGACAACAACGUCUGUGAGAGAUGCCACUCUUCCUGUUUAACUUGCGAAGGGAAGGGAGCAUUCAGCUGCACAUCUUGUGUAUGGAGCUACAGUUUAUUAAAUGGAAUGUGCAACUCAGACUGUUUUGUAGGUGAAUACAAAGUCCAGGAGACACCAGGACAAAAGGACAACAAACCCAAGUGUGAGAGAUGCGACAGCUCAUGCAUUGAGUGCAAGGGACCUGGUCCUCUGAACUGCACAGUCUGCCCAGCCAGCAUGCAGCUCUUCCUGGAGGAAAGCCGCUGCCUGCCCUGCUGCAGCAACACUGACCCAGCAGAAACCCCAGAGUGCUGUGACUGCAGCAAAACACAAGAUGACUGCAUAUUACAGACAACUCUACCCCCUGGACAAAAAGGCAAAACUAUUUUCUUUGUUAUCACUUGCCUUUUGCUUCUGCUUGUCAUUGGAGCCAUUGUAUUCAUCUGGAGAAAGGCACAAACCAAAACCCAGCCUGUCAAUAAAGGGCGAUAUGAGAAGCUGACAAAUCACUCCAAAACCUUUCCUUCUUCUGUGAGCAACUAUCACAAGAAUCCCAGUUACCAUGAGGAUCAAGUGAUUGAAUACAGAGACAGAGAUUAUGAAGAUGAUGAUGAGGAAGAUGACAUUGUAUACAUGGGCAAGGAUGGCACAAUUUAUCACAAAUUUAAAUAUGGACUUUUGGAAGAUGAUGAGGAAGAUGAGCUAGAAUAUGAUGAUGAAAGUUACUCAUUUAGAUAACUUUUUACUAGUUUCCUAACAGUUAGUCCUACUCUACUGUUUUUCCUAUGAAAUGAUAGCUAUUUAGUUAGUUACUUAAUAGCAUCCUCGCCUCCAAAUUUUUUACUAUUAAGUAUUGUGAAAGAAGAAUAAUUUUCAGAAAUAUUUCUAGAAAUUCCCUUUUUCUAUAUAAAUCUUCUCUAGGCUUUUAAGUAGCACUGCAGAUAUAAUCUGGUCAAGAGACCAAGUUUCUAUGCAUUUGUGUGGAGAAUAAUCUUUUCCCAAUAUGUAUUUGUGUAACUAACACAAACUUGUCUUCAGACCUUUUUGAAGAACUCUGCCAAUCACUACUAGAAAUGUGAUAAGCAAGAUGGGUGCACCUACUUGAUGAAUGCCACUAGGAGAGGGUGCCAGUAGGUCACUAAUUUGUGAUGAGAGUUACUCAGCAAUUCAUAAUAGAAGAGGCAACUUGGAGGAAUUUACUUAGAUUUUCUUCAUAAUCACCUGGUGCUCCCUGAAGCAAACACAUUCCACUUCAUAAGCUUCAUAGCGUACUUUCCUGUGAAUUCAUCUAUUGCAGGGUAUUUUAAGAUUUAUUAUUCUAACUACUUCUCAUAACUAUUUAUUAUUCACAGUUUGUAUGAAAUAGAACAAAAAUAUUUUAUAUAUCAGCCUCUGAUUAAUCUUUACUGCAGUGUUUGUCAAAAAAUCUUGCAUUUUACAGAUGAACUUCUUGGUUUACAACAAAGAGCAAUAUCGUCUAUAAGCAUGGCACACACACACCAAUUCUGUACCAUGAGCAGGUGGUGUUUAUAUUGUACAUGGCUAAGGAUGCUCAGACAAUGGCAAAGGGGAUAUUUGCAGUUUUCUGGUAAUUUUUAUUACUAUUACAGAAAUAAAAAAUAUAAUUCUGAAGAAAAGUAUGGCUGUUUGUUGUGAAUAAAUUCGUUACCCAUCUUACACAUGCUGUUACUCACUGCAUUUCAUUAA